AUGGCACAAAAGUCAUUGAGCGCCUAUGCUUAUGAAAAGGUCAUUCAAUAUGAGAUGAUGACUGCUGUCUAUGUAAUGGAACCUUGGGAAAAGACCCUGUUUAAUGCUGUUUUGCUUAUCAUUGUAUCCUUGUCGUUGGCCACCUUUUAUCAAUACACACCCAUCAUGCUGGGCAAGAUCGCUUCCUUGUUUUGA